GUAUUCAAAAGAAAGGUUUCCUCGAGGGGGCAUAGAACUAGAGAGGAGGAGGACGUGAGUCGAACUCUUUCGAUUUUCGUCGUGGUGUUAGGUGUGGAGAGUAAAUAUAUUGCCCUCCACCACCGUUAUCACCUCUCUCUCCUUCACAUUUUGAAAUCUCGUUGCAAAAAAGGGUCACUUUUGAAACCAAUACAGUUACAGUAUAGCUACUUUGGCAAUCUGGCAGGGUUUGAACAAACACAUUAUCUCAAAGCUUCUGGAGAGAAGCUGCAGCAGAUACAACUCUGGCCGACAAUCACAAAUUCUCAGGAGCCGGAAGAACUGGCCUUGGUCUUCGGUUUUCCGGUUUCGAUUGGCCUCUGUUAAUCGUUUGGUGCCUCCCCAUUGAUAAUGGUUAACCCCUGAUCCAAUGUGAUCGAGUUUUUAGUGGUGCAGCCUCAAAGCAAUCAGACCUUUAGUUUGGAGAUGCGAGCUUGACCUUGGAAGAAAACAUCAACAAAUCAAAGACUAGGAGAAUACCAAAGCUUUGUUUGAUCUUGAGGAUUCAGGAGUUUAUCAUAUUCAGAAUGGCAAAAAUUAGUUGCUUCUCUCUAAUUGUUAGGAAGAAGAAGAAGGUUAAGGGAGAUGGUGAAUCUGCAAAAGCAGGUGAAGUGGACAAGGCAAUUAGGACCCUGCAACUCAGGCUUCAACAACAACCUGUGAAAACUGUGGAAGUUAAUGGGUUGAAGCCUUUGAAAUCUUUCGGAGCCUUUAUCCCUUAUGGUGUUGACAAGAAACCUAUCAAGGACAAGGUGAAGAGUCCUGAUAGCCUUAUUGGGUUACGUGAAGCAGCCUAUGAAGCUGAAGAUGAGCAUGGAGAGAGCCCCAUCAACUCUAAUGGCUCUGAUCUUCAGGUCAGUGAAGCCAAUGCGGGCGAAGAGGUCUCAUUAAGGAAGAUGGAUUGCUGUGAAUCUGAUAAGGACUCUGGAGGGGUGUGGAUAGACUAGAAAGUGGGCAUCUUAGUGAUCCUGGGGUUGUGAAAGCAGAGUUUUGGGGUUCACGAAAGCUAACUCGGUCUUGCUCGAAUUUGGAGACUCAUAAGGUGGAUGGAAAGAUGCAGUCUAAGUUGCGUGCUUCGAAGACAGAGUCUUUUGAACAAUUGCAGGAAUUGGAUGGAAGGGUAAGGAAGGAUGUUAAUCCUGGAAGCCCUGCUUCUGUGGGAAGCCAUUUCAGUGCUGAUAAGGUGAUGCUCAAGAAGCAUUCUUCAAGCCAAGUUUUGCCUUCUAGAAGCAGAAGAUUGUGGUGGAAGUUUCUUUGGAGCCAUAGGAACCUGCACAAAUCAUCAUCCACUGCAACACCAAAGCAACUUCCCUACAAAAUUAAAUUGAAUAUGCAAGGCGGGUACUCUUCGGAUACGCUUGAACCAAACAGAGUUAUGCAAUUCGAAAAGAUGGAAUCACCUCUCUGGACCGGUUUUCAAAUUAGAUCCUCAUCCUUAUGGCCUCAGAACCAAUGGGUUGCAUUCUCAACAGAAGCAUCCUCAUCUUCGAGAGUGUUAGACUGGAUGAAAGAUCUCGACACAACACCCUCCUCACUUCUAUCUAACGAAGAUAAAGAUGAUGGAGUCGUCACUCCACAAACCCCACCCUCUCCUCAAACUCCUGGAUCAAGAAGCUCAACUUACUUCACUCGAGGUCCCGAUGCCAACCUUUCAGAGGAUACAUUGCAUGCUAAUACCGUAAUCCAGACUCUAAACUCUUCGUCUACAGUGGCUCACAUCUCUGGUAUGGGCUUAAAAGCCAUCCCCAUCAUUUCAUGCUUCUGCAGCCUUCGAUCCGUUAACUUGUCAAACAACUUCAUAGUUCACAUCACUCCGAUCGUGCCAAAGAGCCUUCACACACUUGAUUUGUCCAAAAACAAGAUCAGCUCCAUUGAAGGACUGAGAGAAUUAAGCCAAUUGCGAGUACUAAACCUCAGUUACAAUCGUUCUAGAAUUGGACGCCGGGUUAUCAGCUGUAGCAUACUUAAGGAGCUCUAUCUUGCUGGGAACAUCAGUGAUGUUGAAGGUCUACACAGGCUAUUGAAGCUAACAGUCGACCUGAGCUUCAACAAGAUAUCAACAACAAAGGCACUUGGCCAGCUUGUUGCUAACUACAACUCGCUACAGGGUCUGAAUCUAUUAGGCAAUCCGAUCCAGAACAACAUUGGCGAUGAGCAGCUGCGCAAAACUAUUAUAAGUCUUCUCCCAAAGCUAGUCUUCCUGAACAAGCAAGCCAUCAAGCCACCACGAGCAAGGAAUGCAGUUACAGAUAGUGUAGCCAAAGCUGCAUUAGGAAAAUCCGGAUGA